CACCAUAAGAUUUCGGACAGCGCAAAGAGAGAGAGAGAGAGAGAGAGAGAUAGAGAGGAAGCCUCAGAGCGCACACAGCUCCUCGUCCUCCUUCGCAACAACAGCCCCCUUGUCUUCCCCCGAUUCCCGAGGGAACCCUAGCUCUCCCAAUCCCCUCCGUCGUACCCACCGAGCUGCGCCGCACCCGUGACGCAGGCCCCCCCGCCGCCGCCGGCCCCCCGGAGAUUUCCGCGCGAUCGGGUCACCCGUGACGAGCUUUCGAUCGUGAAGGAGCCGAUCUUUCUGGUUCCGGUCCCCGAUCGUGUUUCCUCCGCCGCAUUCUGGGUCGAUCUUCCGGGUUCUUGAAUUUUUUUAUGUAACGGGUUUCGCCUUCCGAUGAUGGUUCUGGAUCGUGUUAUUGGAGUGGAUGAUCCGUCGUGUGUCGGCGGGAGUCGGGUUGCUUCGGAAAGGUUCCAUUUUGAUCGUGUUUUUAUUUGGAUGUGCCAACGGAUUUGAUUGAAGAUAAGGUGGAAAGCGGAUCGUUUUCUUUUUGCCGCUUCGUCGUUUCGUUUUAUCGAUGGAUGCCUUUUAUGAGAGCAAGAUCAGCUUUUCGAUUGGAUAUCGAACAGGGAAGAUAUAAGAGAUGGAUUUGGGUCCAAAUAGAUUGAUUGCUUUUGAUUGCGGCGAUUACGGUUUUUGUUGUGGUCGAUGAUGUUUUAGGGAAAAGAUUAAUUUUUUCGCUACAAAAUUCGUGAAUCAUAUGAUAUAGAUGCCUCUGUUCUUUUGUCGCGUUCGAUUCCUCUCAGUAGGUGACUCUAUAGCUGUUGUUGUGGAAAUCUUUAGCAGAGCUCUGCUGUGUUUUUCAUUGAUUUGUUUAAAAGAUAUGAAUGACAUGAUCAUCCUAUCGAUAGCAAAGAGAGAAAAUGUGUUCUCGCUACAAGCCUUUUAUUCUUGUGAUCUAUUUUUGCUCGGGCCGGCAUGAUGCUAUCUGAUUCUGGAGAGCUGGGUUAUAUUAGCUUGGAAUUGAGUUUUUCCUCUAUUUCCCUUUGAUGAGAAGAUUGAAGAGGGACUCUUAGUGACUUAUUGUGGGUGUGAGUUGCAUGGGAAGAGGAUGCCAAAGCAGCGAAGUGGAGCACGGCAAGGUCAUCUGAGAUCAAAGAAACUUGAUGAUAUUCCAGCCCCAUCGCAGCCCAUAGGACAAGCAGAAAAUCCAGUAUUGCCUGCGCCAAACAGAAGGCGUGGUGGUGCUGGGAGAGGAAGAGGCUCCAGGGCUGCAGCAACUGCUAAAAGGCCUUCAGUAGCACCAGCUAGACCAACGGUUGGCGGUAGAGGAAGAGGCAUUGGGGUUAUUGACUUAGACCCUGAUCAGCCUUGCGAGAUAUUACCUAGAGCUGCUGCGGGAGGAGCUGUUGUUGUUGGUGCUGAAGGUUUCUUUUUGAACCAAGCAGCAGAGGGAAUUGCUGACAAAGAUCUGGCAAUGGAAGGUGGAAGUGGUGACAAGGUGAUGGUAGCUGAAGGUGAAGCUACUACAGCUCCGGUACCUGAACGGGUUCAAGUAGGUAACUCACCUGUGUAUAAGAUAGAGAGGAAAUUGGGUAAAGGUGGUUUUGGUCAGGUCUAUGUUGGUCGAAGAGUAUCUGGCGGAAAACAAGGAACAGGUCCAGAUGCAUAUGAGGUGGCUCUUAAAUUCGAGCAUCGAAGUAGUAAGGGUUGCAACUAUGGCCCACCAUAUGAGUGGCAAGUCUACAAUUCUCUUAAUGGAUGUUAUGGAAUUCCAUGGGUUCACUAUAAGGGUCGUCAAGGAGACUACUACAUUUUGGUUAUGGAUAUGCUCGGUCCUAGUCUUUGGGACGUUUGGAAUUCUGUAGGCCAAGCGAUGUCUCCAAAUAUGGCUGCCUGCAUUGCGGUGGAGGCUAUAGCUAUUCUUGAGAAACUUCACUCAAAGGGGUUUGUGCAUGGAGAUGUUAAGCCAGAGAACUUUCUACUAGGACAGCCUAGAUCUGCUGAUGAGAAGAAGCUUUUCCUUAUUGAUCUUGGUUUGGCAUCUAGAUGGAAAGAAGCAUCAUCUGGCCAACACGUUGAAUAUGAUCAAAGACCAGAUAUCUUUAGGGGAACAAUUAGAUACGCAAGCGUGCAUGCUCAUUUAGGACGUACAGGUAGCAGGAGGGAUGAUCUGGAGUCGUUAGCCUACACAUUGAUAUUUAUUAUCAGAGGAAGGUUACCUUGGCAAGGCUAUCAGGGAGAUAACAAGAGUUUUCUUGUUUGUAAGAAGAAAAUGGCUACUUCUCCAGAGAUAUUAUGCUGUUUCUGUCCGCCUCCAUUCAAACAAUUUCUUGAGAUUGUGACAAAUAUGAAAUUUGACGAAGAACCAAAUUACUCCAAACUUAUUUCACUUUUUGAUGAUUUAAUUGAACCAUGCACUUCUCUGAGACCUAUCAGAAUUGAUGGAGCUCUAAAGGUGGGGCAGAAACGUGGUAGACUGCUUGUAAACCUUGAAGAGGAUGAGCAGCCUAAGAAGAAAGUCCGUCUGGGAAGCCCAGCAACUCAGUGGAUUUCAGUUUACAAUGCUAGGAGACCAAUGAAACAGAGAUACCACUAUAAUGUAGCGGAUGCAAGACUUCAACAACAUAUAGUAAAAGGAAUGGAAGAUGGUUUAUAUAUCAGUUGUGUGGCAUCUUCAGCAAAUCUCUGGGCCCUUAUUAUGGAUGCAGGAACAGGUUUCAGUUCCCAGGUUUAUGAAUUAUCACCAAUGUUCUUGCAUAAGGAUUGGAUUAUGGAGCAGUGGGAGAAGAAUUAUUACAUAAGUGCAGUAGCUGGUGCCACAAAUGGGAGUUCAUUAGUUGUAAUGUCUAAAGGAACCCCUUACACGCAGCAAUCCUAUAAAGUUAGUGAAUCAUUUCCUUUUAAGUGGAUCAAUAAAAAGUGGAAAGAAGGUUUUCAUGUUACAUCCAUGACUACUGCUGGCAGCCGCUGGGGGAUAGUCAUGUCAAGGAACUCUGGCUAUUCUGACCAGGUUGUAGAGUUAGACUUUCUUUAUCCAAGCGAAGGAAUCCACCGAAGAUGGGAGAGUGGUUAUAGAAUAACUUCCACUGCGGCCACUCCCGAUCAAGCAGCUUUUAUUUUGAGCGUACCAAAGAGAAAAUUGAUGGAUGAGACACAGGAAACUCUUCGAACCUCUACAUUCCCGAGCAACCAUGUAAAGGACAAAUGGGCAAAGAAUCUGUACAUUGCUUCGAUUUGCUAUGGUCGGACAGUGUGCUGAUACUUGAGCCGAUUACAUAUUUGUGAAGAUAAAAAGAUGUUGAAGUCAUUCAGAUGUUGGAAAGUGUUCGUGAAUAUGCAUCACAUAUGUAAGUUUUGUUGCAGUUUGCGUUGCUAUGAAUUGGAUUACUUUUUGACUCCUGUCAUAUAUUUUGUGCUUCCCAUACUCUAUGAUCCAUAUACCUCCCUGUUGUCUCCAUGUAUCUUUUUGGCAAUUGAAAGCUAAGAUCAGGCUUUCAGUGUCUGUGGUUCUUUUCCUCAUGAAAAAUGAAACGAAAACCUAUUUGUUUCUUAGCU